GAAACGUCAAAUAGUAAUGGCUGCCGACAUGGAUGUCAACACGUCAAUCGCCUCCAGUUCCUAAAUGUGAUACCUGGUUGAUUACCCGAGUACAAUGAGUUGGUGGGACACUAGUAACAUCACUAAUUUGGCCUCUCAGGCCCUGAAGAAUGCACAGAAGAGUAUUGACAAGGCUUUGGACAUAUCUGAAGAGGAUGGAAAAACACAAGCAGCUAUCAAGGCAGCAUCAGCUAGUAAACAGAAGACGACAGAAAAGCCAUCUGGGUCAGGUGGUGGGGAUUUCUGGAACUCCUGGCUUGGAGCUGGGCAGAAAGCAGAGGGAGCACAAAGUGCACCAGCAAAGAAACCAGAGACAGAGAAAGAAGGAACACAGGCCAUCGAACCCAGUUCAUGGAACUUUGGCUGGAGUGGGCAAUCUGAAUCAGAAAAGGGUUCUGAAAGUGAGACUUCAUCAUCAUGGUCAAGCUUUGAUCUUGGUGGAUUGACCUCCAAAGGCUCAAAGACUAAAGAAGGGAGAAAGGCAAAAAUUGAUGAGAAGAGUGGAGGCCCUGAUAGGCAACAGGCACGAGGACCUCUUCAUCUGGGACAGAAAAAGUCAUUGAAAUCACCCAGAUCCAGUACCUCUGGGGCUGUUGGUCAAGCUAGUGGGACAUCGUCUGUUACAGAAUCUGUGACAUCUGAUGAAGAUGAAGGUAAAAGGAAGGAGGAGGGGGGACAGUUGCAACAAGCACAUGCUACCACAUUGGUUUCUGCAGAUUCCUCCGAGGACAUGGAAGCAUGUGGCUUCAAGGCCAGUGAUCCUGAGCCUGAAAGAGAAAGUGAUGUUUCACCUGAGAAGGGGUGUGGGACUUCUGAAAAGCAUGGGGAUGAUAGUGAGCAUCCCACAAACAGCGAGUAUCAAAUCAGGAGGGAUGAAAGUGUCAGUGAGGAAGGACUUUUCAUUGCAACGGAUUUUCCACCCUUUGAUACCUCCAAUCCUGAUGUGCAGGAUGUGAAAAUGUUUGAAAAAGUUCCUGCUACAGAUUUUAUGGUAACAUCAAGUACUGACCAAAGCCAAACUGAUACCACUCAGCCAACCUCCUGUGUUUACCAGCCAGACCAUUCCAUAGUACCAGAUGACAAUAUGGACGCUGCUAGAAGUGAAAGCAUUAUUUCUGUUGGGGAAAACGAAACAAUAGUAUCUUCUACUGAAGGUAGCCUGGACACAUCUCAGAGAGUAGUCCUGGAAAUUCCAUCUGGUUAUGCAGAACAGAUUGGGCCAAGCACUCCAUUAUCAUCAGAAGCUUCCAUCAUCACUCUGUCCAGUCCUGGUCAGGAUGACCUUGACUACCAAUGCAGCCCUCCCCAAUCUAUAUCCAGUCAACAAAUCACUUCAGAAUACAUCAACAUCUCUACCACUCAGAUUCAGGCACCUAUGGAUAACAUGGACACUUUGUGCAGUGUGGACACACCUUCAGUGGAGAGCAUUUCAUCAGAAGUCGACCCAGCUGAUGCAAGUGCUCUGGAAAGGGAGUUCCUGGAGAAGGAUCAGAUUGACCUUGGGCAGUCCAGUGGGAAUGACUCGUCAGAUGCUUCGAAGCUUGACAGUAGUAUGGACACAUGUACCUCGGGGGAGACUGUGGUGGGUCCGAGUGUUGUCGUGGAAAGGGAGAGUGACAGUGACCAUGAACAUGACAUUGAGAAAAGUGAUGAGAGUUUCCCUACAACUUCUCCCAAUUCAUCUUUUGUGAAAAAUAUGUUGGAGGAGGCUAUGGAGGAUGUGUCCAAACCUGAGGAUUCUGGAAGUGAUAAUCAUUCCUGUGGAGAGAAAUCUGAAAGUUCAAAAGUUGAGUCUGAGAUUGAUAAAAGUAUUAGUGGACAAGAGUCCAGUGAUGACAUUGAAACAACCACUUCAUCUGACAUUGAAAUUAUAUCAACACCAACUCCAAAUGGAGAUAAGAAUGAACGUCCAUUUGACUUGUCACCCUUAAGAAUAGCCCUGCAGAAGACUGUGGACAGAAGACGAGACAGAGAGACCCACAGUCACCGGCGGACAGACAGUCAGUCAAGCAGCAGUACUUACAGCAAGGCAGGAGAAAGUGAUCAGAUGAGUCCUGGCCGAGACAGUCUGGAGCGGCAGGAUCUCGAGUCUGGGGAUGAAGAUCUGCGUGCCCCGGACCUGUCCGCCGUGACGGAGGAGGAUAUUGACAACCCGUACCACCCCCAGAAGCUGCUCCAGGGUGUACCCACCCAACAGCAACAUGAAAUAAUAAAGAAGCUAGCAGAGCAGGCGGAGGUUCUGCAACACCGGGAGAACAAGCUGGUGCAGCUGAGCAAGGAGAACAACGACCUUCUGGAGACAAACAGCAUCCUCCGCAAUCAGCUGCAGCAGGUGGAGGAACUACGGGAGACUGAAAUGACCGAUCUCAACAUCCUCACAGAAGAGUUCACAAAGAGGCUGUCCGAGGCAGAGAAGAAACUGCAGUCUUCUAUCAAGGAAAAGGAAGCUUUAAAACGACAGCUUCAAACAGCUCAAGAUGAGCUGAAGAAAAGUGCCAGUGAUGUGAGUCAGCAGUGUCUGCUGGAGGAGAAGGAUGAGCAGAUAGCCGAGUUGCUGCAGGAAGGAGAAAAGUUGUCUAAACAACAGCUGCAGAGUAACAAUAUUAUAAAGAAGCUGAGGAGCAAGGAGAAGGAAAACGAAUCAGUGUUAUCUUCACAAAAGAAGAAUCUGGAGGAGCAGAAGACGGAGCUGGAGCACCUGCGCAAGGUGUGUGACGCCAAGGAUGACCUGGAGAAGAAGCAGAUAGAGGCUAUCAGUCAGCUCAACAAUGCUGUUCAGAAGCAAGAGAAGGAGUUGUUGAAGUUUAGGAGCGAGCAGGAGGACGUGCAGGAGAAGGAGAGAAGUCUUCAGACAGCACUGGAGAAUGCUUACAAAGAGAUUGCCGACCUCCACAAGAUGAAUGCAGCCCAGGACAGCAAAGCCCAAGAGGCUGCCCUCAGUGCAGAGAGGUGUCUGCGUGAGGCUCUCAAGAUGGACAUGGAGCAUGAGAAGAUGAAGCACAAGCAGGAGCGAGAGGCCCUGAUCAUGCAGAUAGAGGAUCUCCGACUCACCAUGGCCAGGAUGGACAAGGAUCACAACCGGAGGGAGGACAUGCUCAGACAGGAGAUCUCUGAUCUGCAAAUGCAACUGCAGGAGGACGAGGCCAGAACCCAGGAACUGUCCCACAGUGUGUCAUCAGCUACUCGACCGCUACUGAGACAGAUAGAGAACCUUCAGGCCAACUACACCGCACAGUCCACGUCCUGGGAGAAGGUGGAGCGCAACAUCACAGAAAGGCUGGCGGAUGCCCAGAGCCAGCUAGCUCUGGCUGUGGAGAAGGAGAGGACAGUGAGUGAGAAGCUGAUGGAACAAAACAUCCGCCUGUCGACACUGGAGUCGCAGACAGCUCGGCUCCGGCAGGAGAAGUCACAGCUCCUGGCACAGGCCGAGAUGGACAAGGCCAAGAUUGAACUGUUAGAGGAAUCGAAACUCAAUGAAAUGGCUCAGGUUGAUGCUGUCAAGAACAAGUUGUCAAAGGAGAUUACUGAACUCAAGAAAGACAAGGUGUUCCUGGAGACGCAGGUGGAGAUGGAGAAGACCAAAGUUGAAACGGAAAAGAAGAGAGUCGCUAUGAUGGAUGACCAGAUUAGGCUGAUGGAGCGAGAACGUCCGAAGUCCCGGGGUACACCCUCGCCAGUGUCGGUGUCCAGACAGGAGAGUGUCAGCAGCUUCCAGGAGGAUCUGUUGGAGCGGACGCUGAUGUUGUCAUCACCCAACGGCAGUAAGAUGAACCUGUAUGAGAGUCUGAGGCAAAGUGGAGCGGCUACCUUGUUGGAGAACUUGCAGUCACAGCUGAAGCAGCGAGAGGGAGAGAUCAUUCAACUACAGAGUGAAAUUGCAUCACUUGAAAGAACCCGCGAGUCAAUGGCAAAGGAACUAGUAAAUCUCACCAAUCAGAAUGAAGAGCUAGAGGAGCAGGUGCAUGAACUACCACAACUUCAAGAGAAAUACAGGGAUCUCGACCAGCGGUACAAUGCCCUGCUGCAGAUGUAUGGGGAGAAGGUGGAGCAGACCGAGGAGCUCAAGCUGGACCUGGAGGAUGUCAAGGACAUGUACAAGGCUCAGAUUGACCACUUACUGGCCAAGUGAGGACAGAGACCAAUGGGACGAGUGCAACACCAGGAUGUGAACAGGCUGACCCUUGCUGACCCUUGCUGACCAUCAGGAUGCUACGUCAGGCCCACCACAGCUCACAGACUUCCACUGUUUUUGCACCAAAUAUGCAGCAUUAUGGCUGCAGUAGUACCUUGAAAUGAGAAACAUGCAACAGACAGCAGUGGCAACAGGGAAAUCUAUUUUCAGCUGACAACUUAAUAUUGCAUCAUCGAAUGGGAGGUUCAGGGUUUCUCAACGGAUUUAGACGAUUCACAGAACUGAUCAAUUUGGAGAAAAAUCGAUGGAUCAGCAGAAACUUGCCAUCCCUGAAUAGAGGAGCCUGGCUCUGUACUUAGUGGUGUUGUGUUAAGUAACAGUCCAAUAUUAUGCUACAAGACGUUGCUGCUUCUAUUAUGUUCAUUAUUGCCAUUACUGCUGAAUCAAGUUACUGGGUUCAUGUACAUGAGGCUUGUCAAAUAUUGCAUAAUAUGGGGUUGUACAUAUGUACCAGAAAGGAAUAAUCUCCCCUGGACAUGAAACUGGAAUCAGUUUCCAUGGAUUAUGAUGUUUAGUUUCCCAAGAUUGUUUCUGUCACACUCUUCAUAGAUGUGGGUGUACCAAGCAGGAUAAGUUAUGGUUUCAUUUGUAGAAGUGUUUUAACAACUAUUGAUUAUGCUUAUGACACCAUUUCCUGACUAAUUCUACAUUUGUGAACAAAUCAUGUCGAGAUCUCACAUAUGCAGGUUAUCAUGAGAAUAGUGUUGACAAGUGUUACAAUCCACAUUUCAGAGGAUAUCAUGAAGAUCAAACUAAUCUGUUAUGGAUGAUAACAUUCAUUCAUUCCUUGGAGGAAAAAUAUUGGGCCUCCAAGACAGCAGGACAACCUAUAUAAACCGACCCCGAAUGUUAGUUAAAGUCACAAUAUGUCCAUUCUUAAACGUAUGGGAUAUUGUACACAAAAAUGGUAAAAGUAUGGAGUAGUUUGCUGUUCAUCAGCGUGUGUUGCCACAGUAGUCAGUUUCCUGUUCUGCUGAUGGCUGGUCCUCGUUCUGCAGUGUGAAGGGUUGAAGACUUGAUGCUAGUGUUCUCAGCAUUGUCAUGAUUCACCUGGGGUGGUGGGGUAGCCUAGUGGUUAAAGCGUUGGCUCGUCUCGCCGAAGACCCGGUCGAAUCCCCACACGGGUACAAUGUGUGAAACCCAUUUCUGGUGUCCCCCGCCGUGAUGUUGCUGGAAUAUUGCUAAAAGCAGCGUAAAACCAAAACUCAGUCAGUCAGUCAGUCAUGAUUCACCUUGCAGAACAUCGACUCUGCCACAAUAGGAGGCAGGACAAACGUGAUAGCAAAUACUAUUCUCAGCCAGUGUGUACAUGAGUGGUGCUCAAGCCAUUUUUAAAUGUUUUAUUGGGUGUCUGUUCAUUUCCAUUAACGGCGUGUGACUCCUAAUAUGAGUUGUCAGGUACCGGUAUUGCUCUCGCACUCACCAGGAUAUCAACUGUAUUGUGACAGUCCUUAAUGAUAGAAUAUCAUAGUUAUGUUCACUGAUAUACAACACCUGGGGAUUCUAACGCAGUGGGUCUUGAUUUGCAUUGACAUACUUUGUUCAGGUAAAACAACCAUAUGAUUUGUUUGAUGGGUAGUAUUUUUAUUGGACCUCAAAACACAGACAGGUUGAUUGUACCAUAAGAUCUAUACACACAAAUCAAUACACAAACUACGGUGUCAUUUUGAAAAUCACAUUAGCAAAUGAUUUUUUAUAGAUGUAUAAUCUAGAUUGACUGUGAUGGUUAGAUCUAGAACAAUAGUUCUUGUAUUACUAAUGAAACUUAGUGUUCAUGGAACAAGAAUGGUACAUGUAGCUAAUCAUGUGACUGAACAUUGAUUCCAGUUCUGUACAAUACCAGUGACCGAGUGUGGUUUCCGAUAUUGUCUGUCAAGUUGUCUUCACACUUAUGGUUACCAGCUUUUUAAAAAUCAUUGUUAUGUUAUAUUUCAAAUGAAAGAUGUUUCACUUGGAAGUUGAACUAUUUUAUGUUUUAGGCUAAUUCUUCAAUGGACUUGUUCAGUGUUACUCAGCAGUGGUAAAUGUGUGAAGCAGUGUUAAACAUGCCAUGUCUUUCAAAGUUCUGUGAUUCAUUGUUGAUCCAAUGAAGUGCUUCUACAUGUUUGUCCCAAGUAUGUGCAUAGUUUGGUGCAACCAGUUGUGCUUGAAACAAGUAACUGUAUAACUAUUGGUUGUAAUGUCAGCAGCCAGGUGGUAUUCUGACAAGAUAUUUGACAGGUCUGCUUUGAGAUAUGUUGGAUGUAAAUUAUUUAUUAUUGUACAUAGUCUGAGAUGCCACAUGGAGCGAAUAUUUGUUAUAAUGAGGGAUCAACAUGCUCUUUAAGAGGGAAAUAAAACAAAUGAUUAAUAA